UAGAGAGAGGGAUUUUGUAGUAUGGGCCUAUUUUCCAGAGUGUGGGUCAGAAGUGUGGGCCAAACUUUUGAAAGUGUGGGCCAUUUUGCGAAGUAUGGGCCAAAUUCAUGGGCCCAUACUUCUACCCCUGAAGUGUGGGCCAUUUUUGGCCAUUUGGCCCAAACUCUAGGGGAAGUAUGGGCCAAAAUUUCAUGAGAAAGGGUCAUUUACCAGUCUCGAAUGCGAAAAUGAAUAAAUGAAUGAAAGAAUGAGUGACUGAAUGAAUGAAUGAAUGACGGUUCCUAUCUGAGAGAGCAUGCGCAAACAAUGUGCAUGUUUUUCAUUGCACGUGCUUAUUUUGCAUUAGCCAACUACAAGUACAGUACGGUAUACGAUUACGACUAAACUAAGUUACGACCAGUUCCAAGCUCAAAAAAUUAUGGCAGACCGAGACGACGACGACAUCGAGGCUAUGUUGGCUGAUCCUCUUGUAAGUAGAUUGGAAUUGUCUUAAAUUUUUGCCUAUGAUUUAUUGAGAGUCUUUAUAUUAAGGGCCUUCGAUCGGACUAAGUUAGUCCUGGCCCUUGGCUAAGUUUAGUCAGACCUGCGGUACCGUAGUCCAGCGGGCUGGGGCUGGGACGGGUUAACGGUAAAGACGUUGACGACUUUAACUUAAACUUAAAGUCACUCGCACCGCGGAAGGCUGAAUGGGGGUCAACGUAAACGUCCUCUUUUUAUUCGUUUAAAACUUAAAGUUUUCUUUGAGGCAAUAUUUGGAUACCACUUGAAAAUGAUCAUCUUCUAGAAUCUAGUUCUACCACUACCAGCAAAAAUUGGUACUUUCUUGAAAAGUUGAAUAAUUCUUCACCUUUUUUUGGAAGUCAAUUAAAACUGAUUAUCCAUCAUUGAUGAGACUUGGGCUGAGUUCCAAAUAGGCCUAGUCAAUGCUUGGGCUUCAUUGCAUAAUCUUAGUCUUUAUUGAGGUCUAAAUUUCAUUUUUAUUACCUUGUCUGUAUGGUAUAUCAAUGCAGGUUUCAUGACAUUUUCAUAAUAAUAUGGUCAGUUUCCCCAUGACAUGUCUGCGCAGUCUCCCAAAUCUGCGCACCCGCGUAUCUGCGCGAUUUCUAGUAAAACUUAAAAGAAGAUACGCAAUGAGCAUGAACUUUGCAGUACACAUGCAAUAUAGACAGGUAUUCAUAAAAAAUUCGACUCAAAAUGGUGGAAAAAUAAUGAAUUCAGGGCAUUUCAUGUGACGGCCUCAAAAUGCAGCGUUUGUCAUCAAAAUCCCUGAAUCGUGUGCAAAGUGAAUGAGUGCGCAGACAAGGGGUAGGCCUAGCCCUAGGCCUAAUAGCCUACCAUUUUUUUUCAAUCUGAAAAUGACUGCCCGAGGUUUUUUCAAGGAAAUCUUAUAUUUUCUUUCAUUUUUUAAUGAGAAUUUGGUACAUUUACUCUUUAUAAUAUAAGGAACACUAUUAACCAAAAGAUUUUGUGAAAUAAGAAGAAAUUCAUGUUAAAUCUUAACUCAAAUUGUUACGUGCGCAGACUUGGGGCCCACCAUCAUACUGCUGAUUGAUAUUUUUCUGGUAAAAUUAGGGCUGAGAAACCCAAGCUAACAAGCUACAUGUACAUGUCUUUUGUUUUGGAAAUUUAUGUCAUAAUUUAUGCAUAACUCCAGGCAAGCCUAGGUCGGCUGUGUGCCUGUUAAUUUGGUUGUGUUUAAUUCGAUAUGUGUGUUGGAUACAUACAGAGUAUAGCGCUGUGCUUCUUUGUCGCGAUUUGGGACUGACGAACCAAAGUUAAUCAAGGAAAUGUCUCUUUUGGCAAAAUGUAUGUGUAUAUUUGUAUAACUUAUAUUUAAGUCAUGAUUUUGAUACCAGAUGGUAGAAAAGAUGCCUUAGACUAUUGAUGUUAGAUGUAGUAAUUAAUAGGUAUGUCUAAUUUUAUUUGUAUGUCUAUAAAUGCAAUGAUUAAUGCUAUAAUUUAUUCAGUGUUUCCAUUGACACAAAGUAACACUCUAGUGUUUCUUUGGCACUCGACUAGUUUGGUUAGUGCUCCUUUGGCAUAUGUUGUGACUCUUUGGCACUAGUCUGGUUCAGUGUUAUAUUGACACAAGUGAAGCAUUUAUUCGGAUUGAGUUCAGUUUGGUAACUCUAGUGCCAGUGAAAUAGUGAAUGAUAUAUGAAUAUUUAUGACAGAACUGUAAAAUGAAUUAUGAUUCUUGUGCUCAUAUUUGAUUAGAUAUAUUGUAUUUAUGUUUUUCUCAAUGGUCACUUGUAAGAAGUAAUGUUUGGAAAGGUCAACCUACAUUUGGACCAAGCAAUUUUGUGCUUUACAGCAUGUUAAAAUUCUUGUUGAAAUAAAAUGAGAUGCAGUACAGGUCGUUGAGCAGACUGACAACUGUCUCAAAUGCAGCUGUGUUCUCGUCUAGCCUUUUCCAGCAUUGCUUCCGUGACAUUUGGAAAUUAUGUAUGACUUUGGUGAAGUUAUUGAUGAUUGUGUGGGUUAUAUGUUUAUUUAUAAAGGACCAGUUCCAGGUUCAAAAGAUGAAUUUUUGAGGAAGAGGCUUCAGGCCUCAGUUACUUAAAAAUGCCACUAGUGUCUCAUUGGGAGGCAUUUUUUUUUAGUUAGGCAUUCUUUUAGUUAGGAAUUCUUUUAUACAGUAGUUAGUUAAUUCCAAGUCAGUUAUUCGCUCAGUUAAGCAUCUAAAUUUGAAUGCAUCCAAUAUUUUAUAGGACAAGAACAGCAACUAUUUUUUAUAUUUGAAUCAAGUGAUUUUGCUCCUUGUGUAAAUAGGAUGUAGUUUUAAGGAGUGCUUUACAUGUAUAUAGGCUGAAACUUGUCAGUUUGGCAAACACUUUUACUUUCAUUCAUGCUCUCUACAAUUUCUAGCUAUUCACUCUAAUAUAAGCACUCAAGCGUAGAACCAGUUAGGGUUAGGAAGUUAGUAAAUUUCAUUAUUAGUCAAAGCAACUGAAAGUUUGAGAUUGAUUAGUUCAGGCACUGAAGUACAGAUUGCAAGAAAUGAAUUCUUAGAUAUGCAGGAUGUCUUGAUUUAAAGUACGUAAAGCCGAAUAGAAAGUUCUGAAGUUGGCAAUAAAUAGGGAUUAGUAAUUUGAGGCUAAUUUAUUGUAGAGACUAGGGUAGUAGUCCAUGGUUAGCCAGGAGAGAGUUAACAUGUAGACGAGGGGUGGAGAGACCCGUUAGUAAAAUUCCCGUUGAGUGGUAGCAUAAUGUAGGUAUUGAUAUUUCUCACUGCUAGAAGAUAGUUGAUUUGAGUUGGCUCGAAUUUGGACUGGAAAUAUUUUGUAGGUGGCUAAUAGGAAGCCUAUGUAGAAUUGAAUGGAGACCAGGAAGGCCCAGUAUAGAACUACUGUUUAGGUUUAGUUGGAAAGACAAGAUAAAUUUGGUCGAAUUGACUUCAAUUGUUUUAACUUUACAUUACAUGAAUUACCUCACUUAUGUCUGAUAGAAUAAAACCCAUAAAACUGAGCUAGCUUAAUUACAGGUAGAUUAGUAGAUUUAUAUAUUUAGAAGUAAUUUACAGGAUACCUGUACUAGAUAGCACUAAUAAGAUGUAAAUUUGUACAUAUAGGAAAGAUGAAUUAUUACAAGUAACUGAUUUGAUACCAUAGUUGUACGUGCCAAAUGCAUUGUACAAUGCUUUUUAUUUAUGGAAUUUCUUGGCUUGAUUGCCAUAUUGUUGGAAAGAACAGUUAAUAAAGUUAUUUGUUACUUGUUUACUUUAACGAUUUUGCUUGAUUGAUUCAUUCUUUAAAAUGUCUGGUCACAUGCUAGUCACUAUGGUAGUUAUUAAAUUAGUACUUCAACAUCUCAUUUAGAUAGUAAAUCAGAAAAAUCAUAGAACGGAAUCAUUGUUUAGUUGUUAUGCUAGACGCUUAACCAUGUCAUUGUGCCUUAGAUUGCUUGCUACCGUAUAGGAGAACCGUAACAUAUAGUACAUGUGAUGAGAAUCUGCCCCAGUUAGAAGUUGUGUGUGAUAGCUCGAGUUUAGUUGUGCUAGCUUAGACACUAGUGGAUAGCGUUGCAUGUAGUUUGUGAUGCUAUGUGGAGUUGGUGAAUCAAAGAAGUUUGAUUGAUUGUGCACGUUUUAGUGCAUGAGAUUAGUAGUUAAAAUCAUUUCAAAAGUGUUCUUAAAAUGUUUAUUAGGUGGUCUGUCGAUGACAGAUCACCUCUUGAUUUCACCAGAAUUUUCUUUCUUUAUUCUUUAUUUAUUUUUAUUUCUUCCGUAAACUUUUUUGUACACACGUUCACUCGAAAUCGACAUGGUCAAUUUCCUUCAAAUUUCUGUCAGUCAUCAAGCCCUAUGAUUUCAAGUUAAAUCAACUUUUUCAAGGUCAUCAGGUCAUCGCGACGUCAUCCAGGCGCCAUUUUGUAAAAAUCAGGUCAUUAUCAUAUCUCAAUAACGAGUCAUCAAAAUUCAACUAUAUUUGGUAUACAUCAACUUCAGGUCAACGGUCAACUAAAAAUUUCAUCAAUUCCGCGCGCGCACCUCGACGCGCAUUAAAAUUUUAAAAUGCUCAAAUUCGUUCCACAUUAAUUUUCCAUACGUUUUAGGCCAUUUUAAGCAUUUUGCAAAAAACGCGCGCGCACACACAUGCGCGCGCGUGUUCGCGCGUAAUUGCAUCUUCCAACAUAGAAUCGCCAAAUUUGUUUAUAUCAAUGCAUCAAUAAUAUAAUUCUGAACAAUUUGAUACCUUGAUCAACCAACCUUCUACGACAAGUAAUAACAAAAUUAUCACCCGUUAAACUUUGCAGCAUGUGUGCGCGCGAGCUCUCACUACAGGCCAUAUAUGGGCAAAAACAUGUCUAUUGAAAAUUCACUGUAGCUCUUUAAAAUAGUCCGUUGACCCAAAUUUUUUUUUCAUAUAUCGAUAGAGUAUGAGUUGUAGAUUUGAUUUCAUGUCACCAUUGCCCCUCAAUUUGAUCAUGACGUCAUCAAAAUUGCGCCUAAACUGAAAAUUUCAUUUUUUCAAAAAUGACGUCAUCAAAUUUAUGCAAAUUUGAUCAUAACUCUGUGAAUAUUGAUCAUUUUUCGCCCAGAUUUUGAUGUGUUGUAGUUUAGAAUGUACUCUUUCUCGUCAAUUCCAUGGAUUUUUAUUUUGAAAAACGCAUCAUGGUGUAAAAUUGCGAUGAAAAGAGGCAUGUCAUUUUUCCUCAUAUUACGUGUAAUCUCUAUGGGACAUGACUUUUUCUCAAAAGUAGAUUCUACAUUCGUCUAUUUCGUGAGAUAUAUCUCCAUUUUUUCUUGUUAGUUAUCCCUGAGCUUUUGAUAUGAUGUAGCUGAGAUUCUAAGUUUUCGGAAGUGUGCCCUCCAUUUUUCGAUCAGAUGCCAGGAUCAUACCCGUUUUUCGCCAGGAUCAUGCCCGUUUUUCGCUUGCAAAAUUGGAUUUGUAAUUCUCAAAUUUGCUUACGUCUAAUCUCUAUGGGAACGUGUAAUCUCUAUGGGGAUUAUCGUGGCUCAAUGGAUAAUGCCCUUGACUUGAGUUCUCGGGGGCGCAGGUUCGAGUCCUGGGGGUGAACAAGAUGAUUUUUUUUUUCAUUUUUUUGUCUUUUUACCACCUCGUACAUGAUCCUUUAUGAUAAUUAAAAGGUAUGAAAGUUGAAAUUUAGCAAGAUUAAACAGAUUAUAAUUUUUUCAUAUCACAUGUAUUUUCAUAUAUCAAAGAGACCCUUUUCACAGUGCUUUAUCAUCUCCCGUCUUUCACAAGUAUUCCAUCCAUAAUGAUUAAUGAACAUUCCGUUGUCAUCAUGAAGAUCAUAUUGAUCUGCUUGAACAUGGUAAUAGUGAUCAUGAUGGCGAGAAUAAGGACAGACCACCUAAUUCGUCCGCAUGACGAAUUAAAAUCUAGUUUAUAAUUAGUUGUUAACUCAUCGAUAUUGUUGCGAAGUGCAAGUUUGUUGUGACACAUGAGCCUUGAAUUUAGAGAUGUUCUGCAUGCACUGGUGUCGAGUUUAAGUGAGCAUGAAUGUUUAUGAUUUCUAGGGUGUCGGGGUCAGAGGUGACCAAUUAGAAGUUGUGGUGAUUGUGACAUGUUGAAUUUGUGUGCCAAUGCGCUUACAGCAAUUUGUGAAUGAUUAAGGCAUUUAAAUUACAAUGUUGUUGUUGUUAUGGGCCAGUGAAGCUGGCCCAUGACGCUCUUUUAAAGUUCAGAUGGUGGCAGCGUACUUUGUGGAGAAUGGUUGAUGAUAAUUGGUGGCAGAGUAUGAUAGGAAUUUUCAACAUAUUUUCCAUUCUUUAUUUUCUCUCUUGUUUCUUUCUUCUUUCUCAAUCGUUUACUCUAUCAUUCUAUCUUUAUCCUUGAUUUCUCCAUCAUUCAUUUUUUCUAUUUUUCAUUUCUUACUCGAUCUUCUCUUUAUCUGUUUCCCAUCUUGUUUCACAAAACCCCUCUCUUUUUCCUCUUACCCGCCUUCCCCUCUAUCUUCUAUUUUCGCCGCAAUAAUUCAUUGCUUUAAAAAUAACAAUUAGUCUAGACUAAAGUUAGAGGAAAUACAAUCAAGAAACAUUCUCACUCGCUAUUCCAAAUAUUACAUAAAUUAUUUCAUAUUUACUAACCGUUUUCUUUGCAUUGGGCUUGAAGCAUACCCUUCCGCAAAAAACAAUUAUUUUCUUGAGUGACAAAUAACAUCAUGAUUCCGGACGCUCGCCGGACGGGUGAAGAUGUUCUUGAUUAAUGAUGUAAUUAAGAAUUGGGGUGUUUUUUUCUUCAUAUGUCAUAUCGUGAGUAAAUUCUAAAUUUUUUCAUAUCAAGUCUGAACAAAGUUUGGAAAUAUUAUUUAAUAAUUUGUGUGUGCUAACUAAUCUUCAUUUUUGUCUUAUUAGCUGCAUGUUCCAUGGCUUUUUUUCCAAUAUUUUGCUAGUUCCUUAGCAUUACACAAAUAAAGUUUGUUACGAUAAUAGUCUUGUUUAAACACCAGCUCGGAAUCUAUAUAUGUCCACACCAGAGAAGUGUUAAAACAACACCAGUUUGGAAUCAAACCAAUGCUGUUUUGAUACUUCUUGGUGUUGUAUAAACACAUAUUUGGCGUGAGGCCAAAAACCAAACUGGUGUUGUUUAACAUUUCUCUGGUGUGGACAUAUAUAGAUUCCGGGCUGGUGUUGAAUCAACAAUUCAGUUUUUGCAGUGUAGCCCGGCGACAUGUGCACGCUUCCCUUGCUUGCCUUUCCAAUACAGGAAUUUUUCAGCAACUAUUUUCUGAACUUGCUACUAGAUGGUAUAUUGGAGCACUUGUGGUCGCAUGUGGAUCUUCUGAAUAAUGAAGAGUUAAUUUCUCUUAUUUUUUAACCAUCAGGUGCAGGCACAUGGGCACGAUGUCACCAGAAUGCUGGCUUAUAGCAUAAGGCCAAAAGUAUACUUCAGCCACAUGCAAAAAGGUGGGUCCUUUGAAGAAUUGCUAAAUGAAUUACAAAGGAAGGAAUCUGAGGAAAGCCAGCAAGGAGCAGGCCAAGGGAUAGUUCCAAGGGAUAGUGAUGAUGAUCAUGAUGGCGAUGAUGGCGAUGAUGGUGGUGAUUAUGAAGAGGAAGAGGAACUACUAUAUGAAUUACAAAGGAAGGAAUCUGAGGAAAGUCAACAAGAAGCAGGCCAAGGGAUAGUUCCAAGGGAUAGUGAUGAUGAUCAUGAUGGCGAUGAUGGUGAUGACUAUGAAGAAGAAGAGGAAGAAGAGGAAGAGGAACUACUAUAUGAAUUACAAAGGAAGGAAUCUGAGGAAAGUCAACAAGAAGCAGGCCAAGGGAUAGUUCCAAGGGAUAGUGAUGAUGACGAUGACGAUGAUGAAGAAGAACUCUGGACAUUGCAGGAGGAAGAUGAAAGAGGAUAUUCCAGUGAAGAUGGACAGGAAGAGGAAGCUGUGGAGGAAAUUAAAAAAGGAACGAAAAGGAAGCAAGGACAAGAUGGGAAAAAGGCGUCCAAACCAGCAGAUCGAAUCGAGCGAAAUUGCCCACUUUGUAAUGUUGCGACAAGAACGCUUGCCCGGCAUCUUCGCCGCAAGCAUACACAGCUGAAGGAAAACGAGAUCUGGCAUUUCAUAUAUCAAGCCAGAGAACGAGUCCCAAUUCAGAGGAAGAAAACCAGAGAUGAAGGACGAGAGAGAACUGGACAGAACUGUCCCCUUUGCGCCGCAAAAGGAUUAACCAAACUCUCAGACCAUAUGAAGAGGAAACAUAAUGGCCACACAGUGGAAAAACAAGCCAAAGAUGGCAUCUUCGAAAGGUAUUUGCAGUUCACAAGCUUCUAUUGCAAGGAGAAGACGGCUGAGCAGCAUAAAAGCCAGCUUGAAAAAAUUGAUGAUCUUGCCGGUGGCCUGUCAGCACUCUUCUCUGACCAUGAUGCAAUUUACAGAGGAACUGCUAUCAAAGGAGGACCUGCAGAUGUUUUACAAUACCCUCUACAAGCAAGCAUGUGA